AAUUUUAUCGAUAGUUUUGUAAGAAAGAAAGACGCGUCUGCGGUAGACCGUGAUCUAUCGGAAGCCAGUAAAUGGCAAGUCAUCGUCCAGUGGCCAAUAAUUGGCAAGUCAUCGUCCAGUGGGUGGCCGGCCUUGAGUAAACAACAGCACACUUCAACUCAACGCAAUAUAUAUUGGAUGAUUUCUUGUAAUAAUCCCAUUCCUAUAGAAUUUUUUCGCUUUAUACAACCGACACAUAAAGCCCGUGCGAUCGAAAAGUAUGGAAAAACUCUUGAUCAGGCAAUCAACCUCUGUAAGGAUUCGGACAAACUUUCGAAACUAAAAAACAUCAAAGAAAGCGUUAAUUGUAAUUCGGAUUGGAAUGUGUGGUUGGUGGAGAAAAGAGCGAGGUCGAUUCGUGACGAGGUUUACGGGACAAAUACUGAAGUUCAUAGAGAAUUAAACGCGGUCGUCAGAAAAAGGGUAAUAGUGUCGAACGAAGAAAGUUUGCGAAAACGACAAAAACAUUUGGAUGGUCCUUAUAAGCAAUUAUCAAUUAAAGAGCAAAAAGACGACGAAGAUGCAUAUUCAUCUAAUGAUGCGUCAUCUUCCCUUACGAACAAGUCUUGUUCACAUACAUUUGAGUAUGGGGAGAAUUCUAAAAGGACAUUCAGAAAUCGUACACCUUUAGUUUACAUUAAAAAUUUGAAUGAAACUGACUUUUCAGAGUCGGAUCACGAAGAGAAGGAGAUCGAUAAAAGAAAACGAUAUGAAUCAGAUUACGAUAGUGACUAUGAACCAAGGAAUAACUAUUCUAUUUCCUCCAAUUCGGACCAUAAUCAGAAAAAAAAGAUGAAGAGCAAUAAAGGAAAACAACCGGAAUCAAAAGAAAGAGUGAAACAUGGGAUAUAUGAUAAUAAAAGUGCCAGUUCCUUAAAUUCUACACCAAACAAUGUAACAACAUCACAAGAUUUAUCAAUGUUUGUGAACCAAGAACAAUUACCGACUGUGCUAAUUAUGAAACCUACCACUCAAAUUCCGAAGACACCAUCAUCAAGGCCUAACAUAAAUAAUGCUAAUACACAAAUUACUCCUCAAAAGUCAGUGCUUUUUCAGAAAUCCGUGACGUAUCUACAAAAUCAUAUUAAGAUGAAUGUAAAUGAUCAAGGAAUGAUUAUAAAAGAUAAUCAUGAAUCAGUAGACAUUUCUAGUACAAUCCGCAAUUGGCUUGUAACAGCAUUAUCAUCAUCAAACGAAGAGUUCAUAAAAGCUAUUACGGCCCCUUUAAGCAUAGAAGCAAGCAAAAAAGAUCAUAAAUUUCGUCAAAUUUGCGAAUUUGUUCUUUACGAUUUUUAUUUCACGACAAAGGAAGGCUCUUUAAAACGGAACAUUGGUGAACGUACAUUUAUCGUCGAAAGGAUUGUCCCCUUGUUCAAAGCAAUCCAAUCGGUAUAUAGAGAGUACAAUUUUCAUUGGAUCGAAACGGAAUUAGAUUGCAUGAGAGAAGUGAAAAAACUAUUUCCUCAAUUUGAUUUGACCAUUAACCAAGCCGAUGGUUUGGGGAUAAGGAAUUCGAGCAACAAGGAGAUUCUUUUCAUUGAGGUAUCGGGUGGUCCUGAAAGUACCGAUUCAAAACACGCGAAGGAAGAUGCAGAAAAGCUUCUCAAGGAAGCUGUAUUUGGACUUGUGUCUUUAUUAAGAAAUCAUUUAGAUAAAAGUGCAGAAAUAUCAAAACAUUUGUACACAUUCACAAUACAGAGUAUAGGAGACCGGUUAACAUUGAGUAAACUGUGCCUUAUAAAUAAACAUUGUUACUCAUUUUCGCAGAUCAAGUCUGCAAGAUUACCUUUCGGAUUUAUUGAUAUAGCGGAUUUUUUGGAAGUCUUUGAACUUCUUUAUAUUAUAGUAAGCGAGCUAGAAAUUCAAACAGGAGUUAUAAAUAAAUUAAAGUUAUCCAAAUCAGUUAAUGAUAUCAAUGUACCAAAAAUUCGUGACUGGAUUUGGCUUCCAGAUUCAGUUUCUGCGUGGGAAUGUAAAGACUCCAACACUCAUCAUUAA